AUGUCAUCCGCCAUCGCAAACGGCGCUUCGGCCGGCAACGGGGCGGCCAAUCAAAGCGGUCAGCCCCAGCAGGGCAUGCCCGGCUUCAGCCUCCAGGCCCAGCAGAUGUUGGCUGGCAUGACAAAGGAGAGGCUCCAUGGCAUGAUUGGGCGGAUGCAGCAGCUCAAGGCGAGUGGCGUCAAUGAGUCCAACAGCCAGGAAUACGCCGCCCUCGUCAACACGCUCAAGAUGUUCCAGCAGUUCCAGGCCAUGCGGCAGCAGCAGACUGCAGCCAUGCAGGCGCGAGCAUCGGGCGUGACGCAGCCAGGCGCACCGGCGAUAUCGUCGUCGGCAUCUUCGUCCCUACCGCCGCCGAGCUCGGCAACGGCCGCCACCGUCCCUGCCGCGACGUCCACGGCACCUGCCGCUUCAGCCGGUGCACCGUCCACGUCGGACGGCGCCGCUGCUCCACCGGCCGAGCAACCCAACGGCGCGAGCGCCAAGGCAUCGGAGGGGGACGGAGACAUCUCGCGAUCCGUCAGCCCUGCCUCCUUCACCUCGGACCAGCUCAGCGCUCUGCGGACGCAGAUUAUCGCCUUCAAGUUGAUCUCACGGAACCAGCCGCUGCCGCCCAACCUGCAGGAGGCCAUCCUCGCCGUCGACAAAGGUGUUGACCCGGCUGCAAAGGUGGCCGCCGCUGCCGCCGCCUCACACGAAGCCGCGGAAGUCAUCAAGUCGGCCGACGGGUCAAAGGAGGUCAAGCCGGAGACGGAUACGACGGCGGCGGAUGGAACAAGUGCGACUGAGAGAGCAGCAGAAUCGGUCGAGGAGAUUGUCCGUCCGCCGAGUCCGCAGAAUGACCCUUCGAGCGCGGUCUACCCAUACAACGCCUACCUGCACCCUUUCACCUACAUUUCGCGGCCCCUGCGCGAGGAUCAGGACUUUCUUGCGACGCGGCAGCAGAGGCUUCUCAUCCCGAGCCUCAUGCCGAGUGGUCUGGAGCCCAAGCUGCUCCUCGAGGAGCGCGACCGGUUCACGCAGGCGCGCAUCCAGCAGAGGAUCCGGGAGCUCGAGUCGCUGCCGGCGGACCUGUCGCAGCGCCCCACUAUGGCUUCGCUGAAGGGCAAGCAGAACGAGGCAACCCUGCAGGGCAAGCUGCUCGGCACGGGUCUCGAUGGCGACAAUGCCAAGAUCAAGGCGCUGAUCGAGCUCAAGUCGCUGCACCUGCUCGAGAAGCAAAAGGCGAUGCGGGAGCAGGUCGUCCGGGGCCUCAACCUGGCCACCACGCUGGGCCUCGACCGGGUUGCCUUCCGCCGCGUCAAGAAGCAGACGCUGAGAGAUGCCCGCAUGACGGAGCAGCUCGAGCGGAAGCAGAGGGUCGACCGCGAGAGGCGGGCGCGGCAGAAACACACCGACUACCUCUCGACGAUCUGCAACCACGGCCGCGACCUUGUGUCUGCGCACGCCAAGGUUAGCGACCAGGCAAAGCGACUCGGGCGGCAGAUGCUCAAGUUCCACGCCGACACCGAGCGCGAGGAGCAGAAGAGGAUCGAGCGGAUCGCAAAGGAGCGUCUCAACGCGCUCAAGGCCGACGACGAGGAGGCCUACCUCAAGCUCAUCGACACGGCCAAAGACACGCGUAUUACCCAUCUCCUGCGCCAGACGGACGGCUACCUCGACAGCCUCGCCCAGGCCGUCCAGGCGCAACAGAACGACGAUGUCCACGCCGAGGCGAUCGCGGCCGAGCGUGCCGGCCUACCUCCGCCCAUCAGCGACCCGAGCGCCAGCGCCAACCAGGAGGUGGGCGUCGCCGUCGAUGAGACCAUGUUCGGCGCCAGCCGGCAGGACGACCCCAGCGAGGACAACGGCAAGGUCGACUACUACUCGGUCGCGCACCGGAUCACCGAGCGCAUCACCGAGCAGCCGACGAUCCUGGUGGGCGGCAAGCUCAAGGAGUACCAGAUCAAGGGCCUCCAGUGGAUGGUGUCGCUCUACAACAACCGCCUCAACGGCAUCCUGGCCGACGAGAUGGGUCUCGGCAAGACGAUCCAGACCAUCUCGCUCAUCACCUUCCUCAUCGAGCACAAGAAGCAGAACGGCCCGUACCUCGUCAUUGUGCCGCUGUCGACACUCACCAACUGGAUCAACGAGUUUGGCAAGUGGGCCCCCGCCGUGUCGACGCUCAUCUACAAGGGCACGCCCAACGUCCGCAAGCAGCUGCAGGGCCGGCUGCGCGCGGGCAACUUCCAGGUGCUCCUGACGACGUACGAGUACAUCAUCAAGGACAAGAACCUGCUCGGCAAGAUCAAAUGGGUGCACAUGAUCAUCGACGAGGGCCACCGCAUGAAGAACACCCAGUCCAAGCUGACGCUGACCCUCACCCAGAACUACGUCAGCCGGUACCGCCUGCUGCUGACGGGCACGCCGCUGCAAAACAACCUGCCGGAGCUGUGGGCGCUGCUCAACUUUGUGCUGCCGAGGAUCUUCAACUCGGUCAAGAGCUUCGACGAGUGGUUCAACACGCCCUUUGCCAACACCGGAGGCGCCGAGGGCGGCAUGCAGCUCAACGAGGAGGAGGCGCUACUUAUCAUCAAGCGUCUCCACAAGGUGCUGCGUCCCUUCCUGCUGCGUCGCCUCAAGAAGGACGUCGAGUCGGAGCUGCCGGACAAGGUGGAAAAGGUCAUCAAGUGCAAGAUGAGCUCGCUCCAGCACAAGCUCUAUCAGCAGAUGAAGAAGCACAAGAUGAUCCUCUCGGGCGAAGACGCCGGCGUGGCGGGCAAGAAGGCCAAGCCGCAGGGCAUCCGCGGCCUCCAGAACGCCAUCAUGCAGCUGCGCAAGAUCUGCAACCACCCAUACGUCUUCGAACAGGUCGAGCUGGCCAUCAACCCGACAAAGGAGAACGGGCCGGACCUCUACCGUGUCGCGGGCAAGUUUGAGCUGCUCGACCGCCUCCUGCCCAAGCUCUUCGCCACCAAGCACCGCGUCCUCAUCUUCUUCCAGAUGACGGCCAUCAUGGACAUCAUGGAGGACUUCCUGCGGUACCGCGGCUUCAAGUACCUCCGCCUCGACGGAUCCACCAAGCCCGAUGACCGCUCCGAGCUGCUGCGCCUCUUCAACGCGCCCAACUCCGAGUACUUUGUCUUUAUCCUCUCGACGCGCGCCGGUGGUCUUGGCCUCAACCUCCAGACCGCCGACACCGUCAUCAUCUACGACUCGGACUGGAACCCGCACCAGGACCUGCAGGCGCAGGACCGUGCCCACCGUAUCGGACAGAAGAUGGAGGUCCGCAUCCUGCGGCUCGUCACCGAGAAGUCGGUCGAGGAGACGAUCCUGGCGAGGGCGCAGUACAAGCUCGAGAUCGACGGCAAAGUCAUCCAGGCCGGCAAGUUCGACAACCAGGCCACCGCCGACGAGCGAGAGGUGCUGCUGCGAGCGAUGCUCGAGGCCGACAACGACGACGAGGACGAAGAGGCGGGCGAGCUCAACGACGACGAGCUCAACCAGAUCCUCGCCCGAGGCGAGGGCGAGAUCCAGCGCUUCCAGGAGAUUGACGCCGAGCGCGAAAAGGCCGACGUCGAGAUGUGGAAGUCGCUCGGGUACAAGGGCAAGUACCCCGAGCGGCUGAUCCAGGAGAAGGAGCUCCCGGAAAUGUACCAGCAAGACUUUGACGCCGACAACAUCCUCGCCGAGGUCGUCGAGGAGGAGCCCGCCAGCCGCAAGCGCACCGUCGUGCACUACGACGACGGCCUCACCGAGGACCAGUUCCUGCGUGCGCUCGAGGACGACGACGUCGACCUGUCGGAGAUGGUCGAGAGGAAGCGCGAGCGGGCCGAGAAGCGCCGCACCAAGCAGCUGAUGCAGCAGGGCGACUCGAUCGAGGGCACGCCCGAGGUCGAGGGAGGGCGCAGGAAAAAGGGCCGUGCCCGCGGCGGGCUGGGCGCCAGCGAGACGCCGGAACCCUCGCCUGGUCCGGGAGGCCGGAAGCGCAAGCGCUUCGGCGCCUCGAUCGACGGCAGCCCGGACAACGAUCACGACUCGGGAUCCGCCUCGGGUCGCUUCGCCGCGCAGCCCAAGCGCCGGCGCACCGGCGGCGAUGACGACGUCCGCGACCGGAUCAAGACGGCGCUGCUGCAGUGCUACCGCGCCGUCGAGAGCUGCCUGGAGCCCGAGACCGGGCGCAAGAGGUGCCUCCUCUUCCUCGACAUCCCCAAAAAGACCGACUACCCGGACUACCAUGUCAUCAUCGAGAAGCCCAUCGCCAUGCGGCAGAUCAAGCGCCGGAUCGACAACCGCACCUUCCGCAGGGUCGACACGUGCCGCGACGAGUUCCACCUGAUGGUCCGCAACGCGAAGACCUACAACCAGGAGGGCUCGUGGGUCUACAACGACGCCGUCGAGCUGCAGAAGGCGUUUGACAAGACGUACGACAUGCUCUGCCGCUUCAGCGGACUGCCCGGGUCGGAGAACGAGGGCGAGGCGCCCACCGGCCUGGGUGCGCUCCAGUUUGGUCGAGACUCGGCCGGGACGAGCGGGCAGGGCAGCCAGGCGGGAGGAGGCGACGACGACGAUGAGAGGGAGGAGGGCGAAGAGGGCGACGACUACGGAGACGACGGAGACGGCCACGACGACGACGAGAAGAGGCCGGUGCCGAGCCGAGGCAUCAAGAUCAAGCUGGGCAAGCGCGGCAGCGGUGCCGGCAAGGCUGCCGCCGGCGGCAAGAAGCGGAGGGGCGUCGCGGGCGACAGCGACGACGAGUAG